AUGCAUGAUGUGCUUGGCCACCGCAACGACAACGACGUGCAGCAGUACUGCAAGCUGAUGGGCAUCGACGAUCGCAACGCCAUCAGCAGCAAGCAGUGUACAACGUGCGCAGUCACCAAGAGCACUCGUCACAGCGUCAGCAAGCACGCGGAGCGCACACAGGUGCCCGGCGAGCGCAUUCACGCCGACAUCGUCGACUGGACCGCGGACUCGCCCACGAACAAGCGCUACAGCCUCGUCAUCGUCGAUGAGGGCAGCAAGCUCCUGCAUGCAGUCCAUCUCAACGCCAAGAAGGACGCAGUUGCCGCGUUCCAGUCUUUCCUGCGCGAGACCAAGCUCCCCAUCUCGCCCACAACAACAGCACUCCAGACGGAUUCCGAUGCCAUCUUCCUCGGAGCUGACUUCCAGGCCAUCGUCAAGAAGCACCUGAAGCAGCACCAGCAGUCCCCGCCGUACACCCAGGCGCAGAACGGCAUCGUCGAGCGACAGGUGCGCACCCUCUCCGACAUGGUGCGAGCCAUGAUCACGGGUGCAAGCCUUGACGCAUCGUACUGGAGCCUCGCCUGCAACCACGCCCUCCACAUCCUCAACAACAUGCCUCGCCCUUCCCUCCACGGCAAGACACCGCUGCAGAUUGUCACGGGCUCGCUGCCCAAGCACGUGCCACAGCUGCACGUCUUCGGGCAGCCGGCCGUCGUCCACAUCAGCACACAGCGCGGUCGCCUGCAGCCCAAGGGCCGCCGAGGCAUCUACGUCGGCCACAAUAGCAGCAACAACAGCCACCUCGUCUACUUCGCAGACACAAACACUGUUGUGUCCUCCAUCCACGUCCGCUUCCUUCCCUUCUCCAAGGCCGAUGUCGUGGAUGAGGGGGAGGAGCAAGUGCAGACAUCCACGACAUCGCCCAUGCUCCAGCUUCCCAGUGCACGUGACAGCAGCAACAGCACCACUGACGGUGAGCCACCAACAGUUCACAUCGACGAGGACCAGGACGAUGAUGUCGAGACAGACUUCCUGCUCACGGACUUUGACGACGACAGCAGCAGCGACAGCAACGACGCCAACUACGACCCCGACACAACAGAUGCAAGCGACACCGAGGCAGGCGCGUUCACAGCAAGCAGCAGUGGCGACACCAGCCUCACGGAGCCUGCAAGCAUCAAGCAGGCACUCAAGAGCCAGCAACGCAAGCAGUGGACUCAGGCAUGCCUGGAUGAGAUCGGGGCGAUGGAGCGCAACGGCGUCAUCAAGCUCAUCCCACGCAGCGCCGUGCCACGGCAGCACACGCCUCUCAAGUCACGCUUCGUCUUCAAGGUGAAGCGUGAUGCUGAGGGCGCGCCGACGCGCUUCAAGGCACGCUGGGUCGCCAAGGGCUUCAGCCAGCGACCGGGCAUCGACUUCGACCAGACCUACGCCCCAACACCAGCAGCCAAGACCAUCCUCACUGUACUCGCCGUCUCCCUGCAACGACAGCACCAGCUGCACCAGCUCGACUUCAAGUCGGCUUACCUGCAGGCUGAUCUCAAGGAGGAGCUGUACAUGGAGCUGCCGCCGCACUUCACCGACAUCGGCGACGGCGCUCAACGCUACGCGGGCAGUCGGCUGCAACCCACGGUUGCGCUGAGCACCGCCGAGGCCGAGUACAUGGCCAUCUCCGCAGCAGCGCAGGACGUCGUCUUCCUGCGGCAGCUGCUCAUGGACCUCGGCGAGCCCGAGGCUGGAGCCACCAAGAUGCUGACAGAUAAUCAGGCGGCCAUCGCCAUCGGCAACGACCACGUCACCAAGCCGCGCACGAAGCACAUCCGGGUACGCCACCACUUCGUGCGGGAGCUCAUCGCUGACGGAACCAUUGUGCUGCAGCACUGUCCCGGCACGCAGAUGGAUGCCGACGCGCUGACCAAGGCACUGGACAAGCAGACCUUCGAGCAGCACCUGCCACGACUGGUGGGAACCUCGACGGCUGAGACGGAGCAGAGGAAGGCAGUUGAGGGGGAGUGUUGA